CCUGGCGUCGAGGUGUGCUGGCGGCGGGGUGUCGCAGGGCGUGUCACGAGGUGACUUGGGGCGGGCUGAGGGCGGGCGGGAGGGAGCGACGAAGGGCGUGCGGGGCUGUCGCUCCGGGCACCCCUCCCCCGCCGCAGUCGGCGGACCUUUCCCCGGAGAAGAUGGCGGAUCGGGCGGAGAUGUUUUCUCUUUCCACCUUUCACUCGCUGUCGCCGCCAGGCUGCAGGCCUCCACAGGACAUAAGUCUGGAAGAAUUUGAUGAUGAAGAUCUGUCUGAGAUCACCGAUGACUGUGGUCUGGGCCUCAGCUACGACUCGGACCACUGCGAGAAGGACAGCCUUUCCCUGGGGCGUUCGGAGCAGCCGCACCCCAUCUGCUCCUUCCAGGAUGACUUCCAGGAGUUUGAGAUGAUCGAUGACAAUGAAGAGGAGGAGGACGACGAGGAGGAAGAGGAAGAGGAGGAAGCAGAGGGGGAGGUUGAGGGGGGAGGCCCUGGCUCAGCAGCCCGCGCCCGGCAGCCCCUGAUCCCCUCGCCCUCCCUGGAGGAGCCCCACAAGCACCGGCCCACCACGCUCCACCUGACGACGCUGGGAGCCCAGGACUCCCUGAACAACAAUGGAGGGUUUGCUCCAGGGCCUCCAGCCUCCAGGCAGGAAACAGUGCUGUGCCCACCCGCCCAGGAGCCCCUCAGAGAGCCGCCCGCCCCCCUCCCGCCCACGGACAGAAGCCCCUGCGGGGCGCAGUCACCUGUGCAUCCGGGUUGCGACUCCGAAGGCAACCAGCCCGCAAGGCCCCUGGCGCCAGGUGGGGCCUCGCCCUCCUCGGAUCCGGGCAUCGAGGCCGACCUGGGGAGCGGCUCCAGUGGAGGCCGCGGGGGUCGGCGCAGCAGCCAGGAGCUGUCGUCGCCGGGCUCCGACUCUGAGGACGCGGGCGGCGCGCGCCUGGGGCGCAUGAUUUCCUCCAUCUCAGAGACAGAGCUGGAGCGGAGCAGCGACGACGGCGGCAGCAGCAGCGGCCGCUCCUCGCACCUCACCAACUCCAUCGAGGAGGCCUCGUCGCCGGCCUCGGAGCCCGAGCCCGAGCCGCCGUGCGAGCCCCCGCGCCGCCCCGCCUUCCUGCCCGUGGGCCCCGACGACACCAACAGCGAGUACGAGUCAGGGUCCGAGUCUGAGCCGGACCUCAGCGAGGACGCCGACUCGCCCUGGCUGCUCAGCAACCUCGUGAGCCGCAUGAUCUCCGAGGGCUCCUCGCCCAUCCGCUGCCCUGGCCAGUGCCUGUCUCCUGCGCCGCGUCCUGCCGGGGAGUGUGCGUCGCCCGUCGGCGAGGCCCCCGAGGCGGCGGCGGGGCCGGGCGUGGAGCUGGUGGACAUGGAGACGCUGUGUGGGCCGCCGCCCCCCGAGCCCUCCGCCCCUCGGCCCGGCCCCGCGCAGCCCGGGCCCUGCCUCUUCCUCAGCAACCCCACGCGCGACACCAUCACGCCCCUGUGGGCCGCUCCGGGUCGCCCUGCCCGCCCGGGCCGCGCCUGCUCUGCCGCCUGCUCGGAGGAGGACGACGAGGAUGAAGAGGAGGAGGACGAAGCUGAGCCCGAGGCAGCGCCCCUCGGGGGCCGGGGCACGGGCGCCGCGCCGGACGCCUCGCUGGUGUACGAUGCGGUCAAGUACACGCUGGUGGUGGACGAGCACACGCAGCUGGAGCUGGUGAGCCUGCGGCGCUGCGCGCGCCUGGGCGAGGACAGCGGGGACAGCGGUGGCGAGGCCAGCGAGGAAGAGGCGGGAGCCGCACUGCUGGGCCUUGAUCGGGGCCCCGGGGCUGCCUCCCCGGACAGCCCUGACCUCACCUUCUCUAAGAAGUUCCUCAAUGUCUUUGUCAACAGCACCUCCCGAUCUUCCAGCACCGAGUCUUUCGGCCUUUUUUCCUGCCUGGUCAAUGGCGAGGAGAGAGAGCAAACCCAUCGGGCUGUCUUCAGGUUCAUUCCCCGCCAUCCCGACGAGCUUGAGCUGGAUGUGGACGACCCGGUCCUGGUGGAGGCCGAGGAGGACGACUUCUGGUUCCGUGGCUUCAACAUGCGCACGGGGGAGCGUGGCGUCUUCCCCGCCUUCUAUGCCCACGCGGUGCCCGGCCCGGCCAAGGACCUGCUGGGGAGCAAGCGGGGUCCCUGCUGGGUGGAGCGCUUUGACGUGCAGUUCCUGGGCUCCGUGGAGGUGCCCUGUCACCAGGGCAAUGGCAUCCUGUGUGCAGCCAUGCAGAAGAUCGCCACUGCCCGGAAACUGACCGUCCACCUGCGUCCUCCUGCCUCCUGUGACCUUGAGAUUUCUCUUCGGGGGGUCAAGCUGAGUCUAAGUGGAGGACCUGAGUUCCAGCACUGCAGCCAUUUCUUCCAGAUGAAGAACAUCUCGUUCUGCGGCUGCCACCCCCGCAACAGCUGCUAUUUUGGCUUCAUCACCAAACACCCGCUGCUGAGCCGUUUUGCCUGCCACGUUUUCGUCUCCCAGGAGUCGAUGAGGCCCGUGGCCCAGAGUGUGGGCCGCGCCUUCCUGGAGUACUACCAGCGGCACCUGGAGUACGCCUGCCCCACAGAGGACAUCUACCUGGAGUAGCCACCCGCUGCUCUCCCGCUCCGGGAGCGCCUGGGGCUGGGGGCAUCUCAUGCGGCCACCUCGGCUUUGGCAAGGACUGGACUGGGGGCACAUGGGACCUGGCAUCUGGCGAGUCUCCGGGCUGUGCUGGGAACUCUCCUCCUUGCUCCCCAGGGGCUGCUGAAGCGUGGAGCCUGCACCUUCGCUACCCCUGAUCUUUUCUCUCUGUGUUGCCCUGGUCUGCCCUUGGCCUCCCUCUUCUCUCCUCCUGUCUGUCUCUGCUCCUCUGUGCCUGCAAACUCUUGCCCUCUGCUCUUUACUUUGGGGUCAGAAUUGGGAGGGGCGUGUGGAGGGAGCUCCCAGGCGAUCCCCUCUUGCUUUUCCCGUGUGAUUUAUAAAGGAAUUUUAAUUUUUAUAGUGAAUAUCAAGGGGUCAUAUCCCAUCCUCACCAUAGGGACAAAGAGAGGGACCCCCCCCCAUAGUGCCCCACGAGGAGCUCAGGGGUAAGCAGGGAGGGGUUCCCCAGUAGGGCCCUGCGGGAGACUAGGAGUCGUGGUCACCCCAAGCCCCAGACGCUGCUAGGAGGAGGGUGCCCCGGCCCAGGCCCCGGCCACACCAGCAUCUGCUAUGCCGCUGCAAACACUCCCCGCAGUCCAGCACCUCAAUAAACUCUCUGCUUGGUGUGA